UUCUAGAUUUUUCUAAUAACCUCUCUCUCUCUCACGCACACACACAUACAUGCGUCUUCUUAUACCCUGAAAUUCAAGCAAAAUUUGAACUCUGUUUCAUUUUCCAGUGUAGGUCUGGGCACGACGCAAGAAAGUUUAGGACAUAUAUUUAUAAUCCGUCGUGUCCAUCAGAGAAAUUUAAGCACUUGAGGUGAGAAACUAAUUUUGGGUUUUUGAACUGGAAUAUAUUCUUCAGAAGUUGUGUCUAUUUAGACAUGAAUACAAGUUACGGCAUGAGAAUUUAGCUCACCCAGUUGCUAGAAUUUUUUUUGGAGAAUGGGAGAGGGUGAUAUUUAACAAUAAUGGAAUGCAAGUGAGGUUUUUGAUUGGUAUUGGUGGCUGUGUGGUAUGGACUUAGCCAAGAGUGACAAUAUGAUUGAUCCUCCUAUUCAACCCUGCAACUGUUACAAAGUUACAAACUUGACCCAAACGAUUUUGGACUCAACUCAAACCUCAAAAUUUAAAGAUGAAUACAUUCUUGGAGAGCAAUUGGGAUGGGGGCAGUUUGGCAUAAUUAGAUCAUGCUCGAAUAAGUCCACUGGUGAAGUCUUGGCUUGCAAGUCCAUCGCUAAAGAAAGAUUAGUCACCUCAGAGGAUGUGCGCAGCAUCAAGCUUGAGAUUGAAAUAAUGACUAGGUUGUCUGGGCACCCAAAUGUGGUGGAUCUCAAGGCAGUUUAUGAGGACGAAGACUAUGUCCAUCUUCUGAUGGAGCUUUGUGAGGGUGGGGAACUUUUCCAUCGGAUUGAGAAGCAUGGGGGGUUCUAUGAGGCUCAGGCUCGAGUUCUUUUUAGGCAGCUGAUGGAAGUGAUUAUGUAUUGUCAUGACAGAGGAAUUGUUCACAGAGAUUUGAAGCCAGAAAAUAUCCUCUUGACUGCAAAAUCAUCCUCCUCACCCAUCAAAUUAGCAGACUUCGGUCUUGCAACCUAUAUCAAACCCGGGAAAAAUUUGUGUGGAACUGUUGGGAGUCCCUUUUAUAUAGCUCCUGAGGUUCUGGUAGGAGGUUAUGACCAGGCAGCAGAUGUGUGGAGUGCUGGGGUUAUUCUUUACAUUCUCCUCAGUGGAUUGCCUCCUUUUUGGGGGAAGACCAAAUCGAAGAUCUUUGAUGCUGUUAGGGCUGCAGAUCUGCGGUUCCCUCCAGAUUGUUGGGAUCACAUAUCUUCAUCUGCCAAGGACUUGAUAUCUGGAAUGCUAUGUGUAGAUCCUUCCAAACGGCUCACUGCUACGCAGGUUCUUGCUCACUUCUGGAUGAAGGAUCUAGCACAAGUAGCUCGAGAACCACGCGAACACAUUAAGCUUCAAUGUAAUCAACUGGAAGCAGGUGGUGGUUCUUUUGCUACCCCACUCAAUAGUAGAAAUCAGGACUACAGCUUUGAUGAUGGAUCACCCGCAGUUGAUACCAAUGUGGAGAAUUCUCCUGCAUUCACCUGCAGAUCAUCGUUUUCUUCUUUCCUGGUGGACCCGAGCACACCAUGCUCGAUAUCUGGAUGCUGUUCUUUCAACAGCUGCUGUGAAACAAAUGUGCCAGAGUUCUCGUCUCCAGUUCCUUCAAUGCUGAGCUUUACCUUCUUCAGUCCAAUUUCUGCUGAUGAGCAAGUCAGUGGCUCAUUGAGUGAAAAAUCCAAAAUAUCAACACUGGAUCGAGGUUCAAGCUUGAGAACGUUAUUUGUGUUGCCAGAUCCUUCGGUAUUAAUUAGACAUAAGCUAGGAGACAUGGAACAUGGGACAGAACUUCGCAGAGGAGAAGAAACAAGUGGAUCUAAGGUUGCAGGUAUCAACAGCAAAAGAAAUCACACAAUUGGGCAUGGCGAGCUCGAUCAGCUUAAUCUCAGAGUGACUGAAGCAGUUAUUCGCUGGGCAUCCUGCACUCAUAUCCCUAGUGCCCCUUCUCUUAGAUCUUCCCUUGUGUGGUAGAAGAAUGGAAUUUCAAACUAAUUAUUAGAGAAAUGAAAGUCUUGGUUUGAAGAGUGUGCAUGUCUUUGGUCCUUUUGGGUUUGAUUAGAGUAUAAUUCACCGUUGUAGUUGCACAAUUCUUAGUCAUUGAAAAGCAUCGAUGGUUCUGCUCUCUGACCAUCGAAUGAAGAUCCUACCAUGAUUCUUUCUCUGCAACUGAAC